CUACCUACCUAAUAUACUUAGUACCUAAUGACAAUACGAAGUGCCGUGUUUUAAAAUCGCUUAUAUUUCCGUGGGCGGAGGUGUACCUGAAAGUCCUAAGCCCGUGGUUAGCUCAUGACUAUCCGAAUUCCGAAGAUUGUCCACUUUGGUUGGAUUUCACCACAAAUCGAAGAUAUAUGACACUGACAGGCCCGGUAACUGAGGUACAUCAAAACCAAAAUACGUUGAGUGCUGCUGUAUAUUCAUCAUAAUAUUGUUCAUUUUUCCUCAGACAGAGACAUGUAAUAUAACUAUUAUAGUAGGAAUAUUCUUAUAAGUUAGUAUAAUUUACUUUUUCAUUUACAAGACCUCAUAAUAUUCAAGACCUGAAUCCCUAGGCCUUUUUAGACAAAAUCUCGAGGCUCCCCGCUAAACCCGGCACUGUUAAAUCCGUAGUACUUAUAGGUACCUACCCAUAUUGUGCGCGUUUACUGAUAUCUAACGACAACGCAUUGUUAUAAUAAUCUACUCAAGUGCAUCGUGACGGAGAAGGUUAUGCGAUAAUAUAAUAAUAUACUUAAUGCACAUUGUUAUUUAUCGCGCAGAGAGGAAUUUGUACAGUGGCGAGUAGCGACUAUGACGAUACUGUCACGUUACGUCGAUAAAAGCCCGAGUGACGUUUACACAAUCUUUUGUCAUCAGAAUUUGUUUGUCAAAAAUGACCAAUUCACCGGAGACUUUUUUCGACUACUAUAAACUACCAGGACCUUGGUACAACGUCAAAUACAUGAUUUAUUACUGGUUUUUUACCGCGAUUAAGACGAUUUUGCGUUUCUUUGACGUCCAUACGAAGCACGGUAAACCGGAAGACAACGACGGCCCACACGAACUUAACGACAAUAUUGGCUAUGACGCCACUUGGAUUGGAGGCACCACGCCCGACGGUAAAUGGAUCAUAUUAGCGCUUGAUAGACGAAACGAAAGUAAAAUGUCCAUAGGAUACGCGUGUUUAAAGAUUCCGGGAAUCGGAUACCUGUCUACUCCGAUGUAUCCAAAUUCCAUGGAUAACGCGUUGGGAAACAGCGACGAUGGUUUCACUUUGGACAAAUUUACUUUGACAGUGAUUGAACCUCUCCGACGGUGGAAAGUCAAUUUCGAAGGUAAAAUGACGUUUGUGGACGAUCCGAAAGCCUCAGCCCACGUAAAGAUAACAGCCGAAUGGACGAGCCAACGUGACGUGUGGCUACUGAAUCGGGACUUGAGCAGCGAAUCGUUCGCCGACUCUUUUGCGCUGGAAAACUGGAGCAUGUUCUCCGCCACCCUAUUCGACCGUUCCAAAGACGACGUGGUGCAUUGGGAACAGUUCGGUAGAUUGGACGCGGACAUCGAGAUCGACAGGAUUGGAAUUGAAAUUCGCAACGCGGCUACUGUCAGGGACAGGAGCUUUGGUAAAAUUAGAGAUUUUACAGCGUUGCACAGAUAUUUCUACAUAACCAUGUUCAUGGAAGACGGUCAGUCCCUGGUGAUUACGGUGGUUUGUCACAAAAAGACGUUAUCACGGCUGUUUUUCGGAUUUAUCAGCAACGAUGACGGUACCAACAGCAAUAUAGACUGGACCGAUUUGAAGAUACAUCAAUUCGGCGAAAACGGAAGAGUUACCGAAGAACUGUGUUUUUUAAUAAGAAUCGGUAAAGUCGUCCACACCGUGCAAGUCGUGUGCAACAGCCAACACUGGUAUCGACUGGAAAAGGCCGUAGUGAGAUGUGAACAAAUCGGCGACUGCUUGGUCGACAACGUGGCCGGCAAGUGUAUGAUCCAGUCGCUGUACAGCGAGAAGUCACUGAGGUCGAAAGCUUUUUGCAAGCCUCUGAGUUAUUUGAAUAAUUAGUUAUAUUUUAACAAUAUUUAUUAAAGCUUUUUGCAAAACAA